GAAGGAGUUAAAAUGAAGAAGUAUGGUCUACAACUAAGGGUUCAGCCAUCCCAAAAAAAGCAGCAGCCAAGUAGACCUCCUCUCCCAACUGCUCUAGGCUUUCGGGACGAUGAUGAAGAUGAUGUUGAGAGAGAGAUAUCUCGCCAAGCUAGCAAGAACAAGGCUCUAAAAGAUAUUGAGGAGCAGCAUAAGAAGGCCUUGGAAGAGGACCCAUCAGUUUUUGAGUAUGAUGGGGUAUAUGAUGAAAUGAAAGAAAAAGUGGCUCGUCCUCUAGCACAUGAUCGUCAAGAGAGGAAGCCAAAAUAUAUUCAAGCACUGAUUGAAAAGACAAAACAACGAGAACGAGAGCAUGAGAUAAUAUAUGAGAGAAAAUGGUUAAAGAGAGGAGCAAAGAGGACCAUCUAUUUGCUGACAAGGACAAGUUUGUUACUAAAACUUGCAGAGCAGGCUAAGUGGUUAGAGGAAGAACGUCUCCAUCAGCUUCGAGAGGAGAAAGAAGAUGUCACCAAGAAGAGUGACUUGACUGACUUCUACUUCAACCUAUCAAAAAACGUUGCUUUUGGUGCUGGAGACGCAAAAGCAAGCAAGCCCGAGAAGCGGCAAGAAGAAGUCACAGUUGGUAUGUCAGAAGAGAGGUUACCUUCAGCCAACUCCCACUUAGGAUCUACUGAGGCAAAAGAGGAGCAAAGAGGUGAAACUUCAACUUCAAGCCGUAGAAAGGAGGGAACUGAGUCCGGUGAUUCACGGCCAUUGCCAGAUGCUGAGGCUGCAAAGCAAGCUGUAGCUGAAAAACCUUCGUCAGAUGAGGCCAGGCGUGAUCAUCAUAAAAGAGGGGAAGAUGCACUUGCUGCAGCUAAAGAACGUUUCUUGGCACGGAAGAGGGCAAAGGAACAGUAG